GGUUUUCAUCCGUGGAUAACGAUCGAGAGGAGCCGGGGGGGGUGGGGGGAGCCCGGUCCCGGCGGGGAGGAGGCGAUGCAGACGCCGCUGGAUCAGCGCGCAAAGGGCCGGCACGGAGCGCAGCGCCGUCCGCAUCCAACUCCCCUGCAGUGCGGGAUGAAACCACUGGCAUCCUGCCUGGGCCUGUGGCUCCUCUUCCAGCUCCCUGCCCUAGUCUCUGGGACGCGUGUGGUCUACAAAGUGCAGGAGGAACAACCCCCCAACACCCUCAUAGGGAGCCUGGCCUCCGACUACGGCUUCCCAGACGUGGGGCACCUCUACAAGCUGGAAGUGGGGGCCCCGUACCUACGUGUGGAUGGCAAGACUGGCGACAUCUACACCACAGAGACCUCCAUCGACCGGGAGAGCUUGCGUGAGUGCCAGCACCUCCUGCCUGGACAGCCCUGCUUCCUGGAGUUCGAAGUGUCCAUCACUGACCUGAUCUUGAGCAGCAGCCCACGCCUGCUUGAGGGGCAGAUAGAGGUGCUUGAUAUCAAUGACAACACCCCCAACUUCGCCUCGCCCGUUCUCACCCUCUCCAUCCCCGAAAACACCAACAUUGGGACGCUCUUCCCCAUCCCUCUGGCCAUGGACAGGGACUCGGGCCCCAAUGGCGUUGCCUCCUAUGAGCUGACGGCUGGUCCGGAGGCACAGGAGCUCUUCGGGCUGCAGGUGGCGGAGGAUCAGGACGAGAAGCAGCCGCAGCUGAUCGUCAUGGGGAACCUGGACCGGGAGCAGUGGGACUCCUACGAUCUGACCAUUAAGGUGCAGGACGGAGGCAACCCACCACGGGCGAGCAGCGCCCUGCUUCGCAUUACCAUCCUGGACAUGAAUGACAACGCACCCAAGUUCGAGAAGGCCCUGUAUGAGGCGGAGCUCUCUGAAAACAGCCCUGUGGGGCACUCUGUCCUCCAGGUGAAGGCCAAUGACUCGGACCAGGGCGCCAACGCCGAAAUUGACUACUCCUUCCACCAAGCCUCAGACAUGGUGCGCCGGCUGCUGCGCCUGGACCGCACCACGGGGCUCAUCACCGUGCAGGGACCCAUCGACCGCGAGGAUGUCAACAUCCUCAAGUUCUCCGUCAUGGCCAAGGACAAGGGGGCCAACCCAAAGAGUGCCCGCACCCAGGUGGUGGUCACCAUCAAGGACAUGAACGACAAUGCGCCCUCCAUAGAAAUCCGAGGUAUUGGGCUCGUCACCCACCAGGAUGGCAUGGCAAACAUCUCGGAGGAUGUGCCAGUAGAGACAGCAGUGGCUCUGGUGCAGGUGUCCGACCGAGAUGAGGGCGAAAACGCUGUGGUGACCUGUGUGGUGGCUGGUGAUGUCCCGUUCCAGCUGCGGCAGGCUAGUGAAACAGGGAGUGACACCAAGAAGAAAUACUUCCUACAGACCACCACGCCACUGGACUACGAGUCGGUGAAGGAGUACACUAUUGAGAUUGUGGCGGUGGACUCGGGGAACCCGCCCCUCUCCAGCACCAACUCUUUGAAGGUGCAAGUAGUGGACGUGAAUGACAACGCGCCUGUCUUCAGCCAGAGCUUCACCGAGGUGGCCUUCCCUGAGAACAAUGAGCCCGACGAUCUGGUGAUGGAGGUGAGUGCCAGCGAUGCUGACAGUGGCUCCAAUGCCAAGCUGGUUUACUCCCUGGUGACAGACCCCUCCUCCAAGGGCUCCUUCACCAUUGACCCCGACUCCGGGGAGAUCCGGGUGAAGGCAGUGCUGGACCGAGAGCAGCGGGAACGCUAUGAAUUCUUGGUGGUGGCGGCAGACAAGGGCAGCCCCAGCCUCAAGGGCACAGCGUCUGUGGCCAUCAAUGUCAUGGACAGGAAUGACAACGACCCCAAGUUCAUGCUGAGCGGCUACAACUUCUCAGUGAUGGAGAACAUGCCGCCCCUCAGCCCUGUGGGCAUGGUGACGGUGAUCGAUGCUGACAAAGGAGAAAACGCCCGCAUCCAGCUGUCGGUGGAGCAAGACAAUGGGGAUUUUGUCAUCCAGAAUGGCACCGGCACCAUCCUCUCCAGCAUCUCUUUUGACCGGGAGCAGCAGAGCACGUACACUUUCCGACUCAAGGCAGUGGACAGUGGGGAUCCUCCCAGGUCUGCCUACGUGGGGGUGACCAUCAACGUCUUGGAUGAGAAUGAUAACGCCCCCUUCAUCACUUCACCCUCCAAUGCCACCUACAAACACAUCCUGCCCCACACCAGCCCUGGCCAGCAGGUGAGCAAGGUCAAGGCGGAGGACAUUGACUCCGGUGUCAAUGCAGAGCUGACCUACAGCAUCACAGGAGGCAACCCCUUCGAGCUCUUCCAGAUCUCCCCGCACAGUGGAGACAUCACCUUGGAGAAGGAGAUCCUCCGCAAGCACCAUGGCCUGCACCGCUUGGUAGUGCGUGUCAAUGACAAGGGCAAGCCCUCACGGCACGGCACAGCCCUGGUGCACUUCUACGUCAACGAGACGCUAGCCAACCGCACGCUGCUGGACACGCUGGUGGGGCACAGCCUGGAUACACCGCUCGACAUAGACAUCGCCGGGGACCCUGAAUAUGAGCGCAGCAAGCAGCGAAGCAACAUCCUCUUUGGAGUCAUUGCUGGCAUUGUGGCUGUCACCCUGGUCAUCGUGCUGGUUGUCCUGGUGCGCUACUGCCGGCAGCGGGAGGCCAAGAGUGGCUACCAGGCAGGCAAGAAGGAGACCAAGGACCUGUAUGCACCCAAGCAGGCCAGCAAGAGUGGUAAGAGCAAGAGCAAGGUGAAGAAGAGCAAGUCUCCGAAGCCGCCCAAGCCCACGGAGGAUGAGGAGGAGACAGGGCUGCAGAAAUCGCUCAAGUUCAACCUCAUGAACGACUCUGUCAGCGACAGCCCCCGAAUCCACCUGCCUCUCAACUACCCACCAGGCAGCCCAGACCUGGGUCGCCAUUACCGCUCCAACUCGCCGCUGCCCUCCAUCCAGCUGCAGCCUCAGUCGCCUUCUGCCUCCAAGAAGCACCAAGUGGUGCAGGACCUGCCGGCCACCAACACCUUUGUUGGCACCGGGGACAACAACUCGACGGGCUCCGAGCAGUACUCGGACUACAGCUACCGCACCAAUCCCCAGAAAUACACCAACAAGCAGUUACCUCAUCGCCGAGUGACGUUCUCUGCAGCCAGCCAGGCUCAGGACCUGCAGGAUCCCUCCCAGCACAGCUACUACGACAGUGGGCUGGAGGAAUCAGAGACCCCAAGCAGCAAGUCAUCAUCGGGGCCCCGCAUCGGGCCACUAGCCCUGCCUGAAGAUCACUACGAACGCACCACGCCUGAUGGCAGCAUCGGGGAGAUGGAGCACCCUGAGAACGAUCUCCGGCCUCUGCCCGAUGUAGCCAUGACUGGGACCUGUACCCGGGAGUGCACAGAGUUCGGCCACUCCGAUACUUGCUGGAUGCCUGGCCAGUCCUCCCCCAGCCGCAGGCCCAAGAACGCCCUCAAACUCUCCACUUUUGUGCCUUACCAAGACAGAGGGAGUCAAGAGCAAGUCGGGAAUGGCAGCCCCAGACUCUCAGAAGAGCGCAGCACCAAAAUGGCCAACCUCCGCCUGCUCCCCACGUACAGUGCCUUCUCCAAUAGUAGCCAUGAGCCCUGCAAGGACUCUCCCAUGGAGGAAAUUCCUCUCACCCAGACCUCGGACUUCCAGCCAGCCACCACCCCCUCGUCCCAGACCACCAAGAGGGAGAUAUACCUGUGA